GCCAAAACGAUGCACGUCUGCGAACAGAAGCGGGAACUGACGCUAGCGGUCCUGGAAAUUGGCGUACGCGUCUCUGCGAUAUCAAUGGCCGCGACGGCCGGUGAGACUCGUCUCGCUAGUGCAUAAAACCCCGACGCGAGAGUGAGACGCCGGCCACAAACUGCUCGGUCGUCCACACUGCCCAAAGCCCCGAACGGCAUGGCGGCCUCCAAGCUCCACGACCUCAAGGGCCUCAGCGCCACGGAAGACGUCGGGGCGGGCGUCAAGAAGCGCAACUGGGGCUUCGUCCAGUUCUUCUUCGUGCUCUCCGUCGUCCUCUGCGUGCUCCUCUACGCCUCGCGCGUCUUCGUGCUCGCCCCGUACGGCGUCGACAUGGACUUCUUCGCGCCGGAUUCUUCGCAAGGAACGUCGAGUAGAUCAGAACUGGGACCGCGCGUUGGCGGCAAUGCAGGAGCCGACGAUCUGAUUCUCGACAACCAGGUGCACUCCCCGUGCUCGACGAUGCGCAACAACACCAUCUGCUGCGACCGCUCGGAUUUCAAUACCGACGUCUGCUUCAUGGCCGGCGACGUGCGCAUGGACGCCGCGUCCCUGUCGCUUCUGCUGUUCCCGCCGCACCAGCCCGCGCCAAACGUUACAGCGGAGGAGAGGGUACGUCCCUACACGCGCAAGUGGGAGCGCUUCAUCAUGGAGAAGGUCCAGGAGGUGCGGCUCCGGGUGGCCCGACCCGACGAGGCAGCGGAGCACUGGUGCGACGUCCGGCACGACGCGCCGGUCCUCGUCAUGACGGCGGGGGGCUACACCGGCAACUUCUUCCACGCGUUCAGCGACGGGUUCUUGCCGUCGUGGCUGACGGUGCAGCACCUUCGGCGCCGCGUCGUGCUGGCCGUCCUCGCGUACAACCCGUGGUGGGCCGGCACGUUCAGCGAGAUCAUCUCCGGCCUCUCGGACUACCACGUGGUCGACCUCCUCAACGACAAGAGAACACAUUGCUUCCCCGGUGCCAUCGUCGGAACCCGCUUCCACGGCAUCCUCAACGUCGAUCCCGCCAGGCUGCGGGACAACAAGACCGCCGUAGACUUCCACCAGCUUCUGGCCGAUGUGUACGAGGCGGCCGAUGACCGCAAGUCGCAGAUACAGAAACCGGCGCGGCGGCCAAGGCUCGGGAUCGUGUCGCGCAAGGGGACGCGCGUGAUCGAGAACCAGGCGGCCGUGGCGCAGGUCGCGUCAUCGGUAGGGUUCGACGUGGACAUCCUGGAGACGGCCAACGGGAUGCCGCUCUCGGCCGUGUACGCGUCGGUGAGCGCAUGCGAUGUGCUGAUGGGCGUGCACGGCGCAGACCUGACCAAGUUUCUGUUCCUGCGGCCUGGCCGCGCUGCGCUCAUCCAGAUCGCCCCGCUCGGCGUCUCCCCUAUCGCGCGCGACUGCUUCGGCGGGCCGUCCGCGAGGAUGGGGCUGCACUACGAGCAGUACGACGUGCGCGGGCAGGAGAGCUCGCUGAGCCGCAAGUACGCGCUAGACGACGUUGUCGUGGCCGAUCCGGAGACGGCGAAGCGGGACAGGGGUUGGGACUUCGUGGCGCGGGUGUACCUGGGCGGGCAGAACGUGAGCCUGGACCUGGGCAGGUUCGGGGAGACGCUGGCCAGGUUGCACUCGCGGGCGCUGCUGCUGCAGCCACAAGAGCAGCCGCGACGUUGAUGGCGUAGUCGACGGCCGGCCGGUUUGACGUUUUCCGUGGUCGAGGGUGCUGUUUCGGUAGGGCGCCGAGGCCGGCCGCGGUCGCAGAGGUUGGCGAUCAGCAGCCAUCAGUAACUUUUGUUAGAUGAUGACAAUCAUUAUAUUUUUGCAUUCUUGUUCGUCACAAAUGGCCGUAUGCGUAUAUAUAUUCUUGUACUAUCGUUGUACCGAGCGGUGUACAUGUCGGGAAAUAAUUAAGCCGGUUAAUGUGACAACAGCACACUCGGAAGCUGUGGCCGGCACAGUCCUGGAGCAGUUUUAUACAGUUAAGUAUGAUGCCAUGUAUGUGUUCAGACCUUUCAAGGGCGAAGUGUGAUAAAUAAAAAAUUCUUGCUCAUCUGC